AUUGAAUGUCAUAUAUUUAGAAAUAAAAAUAUUUCCAUAAAUAAAAUUGAACGUAUUCUCAAGGGACAAGUAUCAUAUUUCAUGGGGCGUGAAAAAUUCGUGAUCGUCUAUAUACGUAUUUCAGUCUAUAAAAAUUCAGUGGCGUGAUUCAAUCAUAUUAUGUGGCUCUUGCGAAAAAUUAUUUUUCUUUACCUCAUUGUCAUUACAUGGGCAUUGAAACAACGAGAGUGUAAACCAAACACAAUUCAAGCUGAAGAACAGAAAGUUAAAACUUAUUUAUUUUCAAAUUAUGACGCUACAAAUCCACCAUGUGCAAAUAAAACGACGGUUGAUUUUUUAAUUUAUCCAAAAACAAUAACUUUCAACGAACAUUCCAACACGCUCGAGAUUCACUGUCUUUCCAUUACAAAUUGGAAUGACGAUCGUCUUGUGUGGGACGGAGAAAAAUUCAAUUUGAGCGAUGAUAGCUUUCACGUGGCUGAUACUGAAAUUUGGAUACCAGACAUUUCAGUCCACACAUCCGGAGAUUUGAGUUUGGACCAAAGGCCUUCCGCGACAUAUUGCCUAUUAUUUCACACCGGAGUGGUUUGGUGCAAGUCGUCAGUGGUAUAUACUGUCAUGUGCUACACUGAUUAUACGGCAUGGCCAUUUGAUAUUCAAUACUGUGACGUUCAACUUGGUUCGUGGGCACAUGACAGCACUGUUCUCAAUCUGACAACCAAAUGGACAAACUGGAUGUGGAGAUUUUAUACUCCAAAUCCACAAUGGGAUGUGGUCUACAAUAAAACUGGAAUAACAUAUACAAAAAAUAAAUACAACUGGGAAAAAAAGUCAUACAUUCUUUGGAUUCAAAUGGGACUAAAAAGAAGAAGUAACAUUAUGCAAGUUUUUUACAUUACACCUGCCAUUGUUUUAAUGAUAUUGACCCUCGCGUCUUUGUGGCUCGACAGUAUAUCCACUGAGAGACUUGUAUUUGUAUGUAUUAAUUUUAUUUGUCAUCUUCUUUGCAUUCAAGAUCUUCAAUGGAAAUUGCCAUCAAACGGACAAGCUGCUCCACUUAUUCUAUUAUAUUAUGAGAAUUCCUUAUUAUUGGCGGCCUUUUCACUUUUAUUAACAGUAAUUCUUGCCAAAUUGGAAAAAUCAAAUACAAAAGUUCCACAAUUUUUAAUGUCCAUUACAAAUAAUAUUUUGAAUAGUAAAAUUGGUAAACUUCUUUUUAUAAAUAUGUUGGAUCCAAAAGCUUAUUCUGGAUUAAAAGAAAGUGACGAUUCAAUUUUGUUAAAUACAAUAAAGAAGGAAAAUUCCUGGAAAUGGAUUACAAUUUUCAUCAGUUGGAUUGCAUUUAUAAUAAUUUCCAUAAUUUAUAUUAUAUUAUUAAUAAUUUAUUUGCCUCGUGAUUUUUUGCAAAUAAAUGUAGAUCAUUUUGAAACGCGACUGAGAAAAUUUUCCAAAAGCGAUGAUAUUAUCGGUGAUUAAUAAAAAUGUAUAAAAAUAAUUAAAAAAAAAAACCUUUCAUUUUUAUUUAUAAAAUAUUUUUUGCCUCUUAUUUUCAUGUGAAUAAAAGAAAAAAAGGACAAAAUGAGAAUUUUUUAUUUAAAAUUUUAGUCUAUUGUUAUGUCUGACUGAAGUUGAGGUUUACUACUGAAACUAUUAAUACAAGAAUUUAGAAAGUAUAUUUCUGACUAAAUAUAUUUUUUCUACUGAUUUAAAUUGAAAAGUUAUAAUUUAACUAAAUUUCAACUUGUAAAAAGAGCAAGUUUGAUCUCAAAAUAUUCUUUUUUGAGAGGCUUUAAUGCUUUUUGAUGACCAAUAAUAAGAAUUUAAUUGCAUUGUCUUCCGUUUUAAUCAGUAAACCUAAACACGUAACCAUUUGCAUUGAAUUAGCAUUGAGAGGAUAGAUUAGGUCUAGUGGGAAAUCCAUUUCACUUCAGUUUAAUAAACUAAUUAUUUAACAACAAUUAAUUACAAAACUAUGUGUUGCUUGGAUCAUUCAUCUUUUUUUAUGUAAUAUUUAGUAAUAAAAAUUGGGUCUUUGAAAAAUAUAAAUAAAAAUUGUU